AGGGAGUUUGGACUUGAAUUUCUAUUUUCUACAGACAUCCAUCUACUUGCUACUUAUCGGACAAUCGGAAAAGUCCAAGAUCUUCGGUGAAGUUUGAACCCGAGAUGUAUUUUUCUGGAGCUUCAGUAUCAAUCACCAAACGGUAAACUUUGCGACGACAUACUUAAUUGCUGAGUAUCCCAGGGAGCCUCAAAAUGUCAACAUCGCAACAGGUAACCAAAUUGAAAAGAAUAGUAUGGACGGGUGCAAUUGCAUCAGUUACAGUCGUGGGCACAAUAUAUGGUGCUGGGUUGAAAACGCAGGGAGAACAAAAACAGCAAAUCCGCAAGGUUCGUGAAGCUCCGAUCUCUGAACGAAUUGCCCAUCUCGAAGAACAGCGGGGAGUAUUAGUGGGUAAAAGAAUGGGGUUGCAAAAGAAGAUUGAAGAAUCACAAAUGAGGAGGAAUGGGGCGACGGUUGAAGAAAGUACUAGGGGAAUGGAGAGGAAGAGGGGAGAAAAUGUUGGUUUGACGAUGGAGGGGGAGAGGAAGACGACAAGGGUGGAUAUGGAGGACAAUUUGAGGGUGGUUGGGGUGGAGACGGAGAUUGAAGAGGGGAAGAAGGGAAGAGAGAGGAAGAGGAAUUGGUGGUGAGGGGGCUGCAUGUUUAAGGAUUUGAGAUAUGCGGGAGAAGAGGCAGGCUACAUAUGCGGUAUCGAAGACUUGUCCGAUGGGGCUAGGCUUCGAUUAGAAGCAUCGAUCCCUCCAUGGUCUCGAGGAGAGGGGCAGUGACGAUUGCGAACACACUGCGUAAGAGAAGAGAAGAUAGAUUUACGGUCGGGCCAGGAAAGCUGUCCUAUAGGAGCGGCAGCAUAGGGUUCGCGAGCCAUCGAAAAAGAAGCAAAUGAAAUUUGGCGGCAGAAUUUCGAGACAAGCAGUCUGCAUCAUGAACGUUGAAGAAUGCAAGAAGACUCUCGCCUUGAUCACCGCAAAAGAGACCACCUGAAACUUUCCUGGCCGACUCACCACCUUGUAUGGACCAAACACCUCGCAAUCUCAAGCAUCGGAAGAUGAGCUUUGGAUUUGGGGUCGAAGUACCUCUGUGUUUGGGGUAUUUACCUGAUAGAAAAUCUGGAUUGCAUGCAAGCCAUGAUCACAUAUCAGCUUUGAUAGAUGGCAAAUAUGAAGCUUGCAGUUAGUAACUUCAGUUUUACGAGUACUCAUAAGGAGGAUGAAGAUAUUACUACACAGCUAAUGGUACCUCCUGCCACAAUAUCAACAGAUGAUUUGUAUGCCAAAAAAUCACUAAGAUGAUGCAAAAUUGCGUUCCAAAACAUUAUCAUCCAAUAUGAUACAUAAGUUGUGUGUAAGUGUGUUCCUAAGAUUUUACAUGCACAUGCUAUACAACCGUUCAAGCGGUUCUACCAGUCCCUGGCAUUUUGUUAUACAGCAAGUAGCUCAUUCAUGGUGCAUUCCAUUAGAUUUCCAUUUUCAUGUACGUGAGUGAUAUUAUGGGCUAAGUAAACUCAUCAUUAUCACACUUGGCAGAUAUAUCUUGACAUAAUACACCGACACAAUGGGAUUAUAUAUUUUUGUUCUACCUUAUUCACUGGAUUGGAAUGUAAUAUUUGGUUAUUAGUUAUACUGGAUUAAUGGACUGUGUCUUAA